CUACUUGGGGUGCUGCGACCGGAAAGGUUGCCUUGACUCCUUCCCCCCACCGCAGACCAAACUCGUGCCUCUUCAACCUUUAACCUAAACUUCAACACCUUUACCAAACAUCCAUCCAUCCAUCAUCAUCAUCAUAAUCAUCAAACAAAGCCACUGAAACGAACACAUCUUCUACCACCGUCUUAUUAUCACCAACAAACAACACCGUCAAGAUGCGAUCAAAGUUUAAGGACGAACACCCCUUUGAGAAGCGCAAGGCCGAAGCCGAGCGCAUCCGCCAGAAAUAUGCCGACCGCAUUCCAGUUAUUUGCGAGAAGGUCGAGAAAUCAGACAUCGCAACCAUCGACAAGAAGAAGUAUCUCGUACCAGCCGAUCUCACCGUAGGCCAGUUUGUCUACGUAAUCCGAAAGCGCAUUAAGCUGUCCCCGGAGAAGGCCAUCUUCAUCUUCGUCGAUGAGGUCCUCCCUCCGACCGCUGCUCUCAUGAGUAGCAUUUACGAGGAGCACAAGGAUGAAGACGGAUUCCUCUACAUAACUUACUCGGGCGAGAACACUUUCGGCGACGCCGCUUAAGACGUACGCUCUCUCAGAUUUCCCCCCCAAUGGCGUUAACGGUUUAUCUCUGGCUGGACAACAACGAUGUGAUUAUUAGUGGUGAUGAAUUAUGGAUAGGGACAGGAAUAGUUACGACAGAUGACUGAUAGGGGUUGCGUCUGUCUGUCUGCCUGGUCACAUCGCGUUCCCAAGUGUGUAGAUGACAAUUAGAUGCACCCUUUUUGAUUCCAUAUAAUCAAUAUCAGUGUGGCCUGUCCAUAAAUUCAUCCUAUGCAGAGCCUAGGGUGAUUUGCACAAACGAGCAUUUGCGGUUAGAUCCGUUAAAGCAUCGCUAUUCCCAAUGAUUAGGGUAACCUAUAACCUGUGUUAGGUACCAAGCACCGGACCACCGUACACAGCUUGCGUUCUCCAACAGACGCUUUCUUAGAUAACCUACUCUGUGCAUAGCUUCGCAGGCCUCCCUCUGGGCACGGUCCUGUUAUAUAUGGUUCCCUUAUAGCUUAAAGCGUUUGAAUAAACUCCAGCUUCAUUUUCUUGAAACAAGUUAAAAACGAUAUAACAGGUCCUACCUGAUACUUUACAUACUUAGAUACCUCUAAUAUAGCCACGCUUCAAUCACAUGUUGCCAGAUUAUAUAU